UUACUUGUUUAAAAUGAGUGCCCAUCUCUUUGAAUAACGAGAUAGGGGCAAUGGUAGUCUUUAUAUGAUUCAAUUGUUUCGCAACUGCCAUUAAUUCCUAAUGGACUCUAAAUUUAGGAGAUGCUACAAAGUUGUGAAAUACAGGCAAGGUUAUUAUAUUCAGUCAUGACCUUUGAGCAGGGGGGUUAUUCAUCAGAAGUAGUAGAAUAUUCUAGCCCAUGAAUGAGGAAAAGUAUAUGAGUUGGAGUAAUUCAGGUGAAGGUGACAAAUGUGAUAACAAACUUCCUAAAGUUAAUUGGUUGCAACAUUUCAAUGCCCAUGAUAAUUUUGCGCACCAGAAUAAGUUCUUGUGCUCAAAUUUUCUUUACUCCUUGGAAACACAAAAGCCUCGUGCUGAAGGAGCAAUGGCUACAAGGUUAACAACCUGUCAAAUUCAGAAUUUUCAAAGAGUACACAGUGCUGAAUUAGAAAAGGCUUGGCACACUCUUUCCUGUCUUCAGAUAUCCUGCAGGACUUACAGAAGACCUGGAGUAAGUAUUCCAGUUAAGAAUGCUGAUAGUGAUUCUUCACGUGAUGUCAGCAGAAGAGCUACCUUACAGAGCUCAUUCGGUAGUAGUAAAUAUUCUGAACCUAUGUAUAAACAUCAAAACCUCAGCCACAGCAAUGUGAAAGUUAGUGAACCAGCAAGGGGUAUUGGCUGUGUUUAUUCACCGCAUAAUGCUAGAGGAACGGAAGCUGGAAAGAGUCAUGGGGGGCAAAAUGAGAUUAAAUCAUCUGUGGUUAACAAUACUUGCACAAAAUUUUCAAAAGGAUCAUUCACAGAUCACACUGAGCAUACUAGCCAAAUAAAUAAGUCUGCAGAAGUUUUGGCUGAUGACGCGGACGAUGAUGAAAUACUCAAGAGUAUUGAUGUGGACCAAAUUGUCAUGGAAUACCAAUCAACUUGCACCCCUCAACCAUCAAUUUCUAAGUUUCCUCCCAUAACUCCAAUCGCAGAUAAUGGUAAAUUUGCAAGGCAAGAUCAGAAUCUUUUGCCUCCUGAAUUGUCCUCAAAUUGUAAUCACGGAUUUAAGCUAGGGCUUUGCCUGGAAGCCACUUGUCAUGUAAAAGAAAUGAAGGACAUGUUGAUUGCUAUAUCCAAUGAACUGCUUGACAAUACAGACCUGAGUCCGGCACAAAUAGAGAAGCUUCGCCAGGACAGGUUGCAUUUGAAUAAGCAGAUUCAGCAGCUUGAGGGAUACCUUCGUGAUGUGGAAAGACAAAAGUCGCAUUUUUCUGCAUCCACAACCUGCCCUUUUCAAUAUGAAACACCUCAAGCAGCUUCACUAAGGAGAUUUGAUUCCCAGGUUCAUAUCCAUAAUGGAGUAGAAGGAUAUGAAAAGUGGAAUUCAUCAUCAAUUCCAUUCUCUUCUGUAGAUAGGCCUAGGGUUCCAUCAUACUCUGUGGAGAAGGAACCAUAUAUCCCAAAGAUUAUUGAAGUUAAUUAUAUUGAAGGUUCAAAUGACCGAAGGUGGAGUAGUGGGGAUUUCCCAUGGACUAAAAAGCUGGAGGUCAACAACAAGAAAGUUUUCGGAAACCACUCAUUUCGCCCCAAUCAGAGAGAGGUCAUAAAUGCUACAAUGAGUGGGCAUGAUGUCUUUGUUCUUAUGCCAACUGGAGGGGGAAAGAGUUUGACUUAUCAGCUUCCUGCUCUUACAUGUCUGGGGAUAACUUUGGUAAUAUCUCCUCUCGUAUCACUUAUCCAAGAUCAAAUAAUGCAUCUAUUGCAGGCAAAUAUACCGGCUGCUUAUUUGAGUGCCAAUAUGGAGUGGACUGAGCAACAGGAGAUUCUUAGGGAACUUAACUCUGAUUAUUGUAAAUACAAGCUAUUAUAUGUCACGCCAGAGAAAGUUGCCAAGUGA